GAGGCCCCCUUUACCACUCAGUCCACAAUCGACACGCCACAGGCCAACAUGGCAAGGUGUUUGUAUCUCGGCUCCUUCCUUUUCACUAAGAUGGUCAAUACACCCCGUAUCUCAAUGGGAGUCAAAACUUGCCUCAUUAAAACCUGGACCCCACACAGCCAAGGCAAAGCCAUCACCAUCCACUCGGCCAUACACUCCGACUCUGAAAAGAACAGCUUGUCGGAGGAAAAAGUCAUAAUACACUUUAUUAACCAAGAUGGCAUCAGAACCACCACUGCUGUUACUGAAGGACAGACCCUGUUGGAUGUUGUUGUAAACAAAAACUUGGACAUAAGUGGUUUUGGUGCAUGUGAGGGGACAUUAGCAUGCUCCACCUGUCAUCUCAUUUUUGACAAGACAUUUUAUGAGAAGAUGGAACCAACGGUGGAUGAGGAGAUGGAUAUGCUAGAUCUAGCUUACGGGCUUACCAAGACGUCCCGUCUUGGUUGCCAGGUGACAGUGCAGAAGUGGAUGGAUGGUAUGACUGUCCAAGUGCCCCAAGAGGUGAGGGAUGCUGUGGGAUCUAAAGGCAGCCAGUGAUCCUUCAUGCAACCUUCUACACCUCUCACCUACUGUACCAAGUCUAAUCAUCAUCAUAAUCAAACAUCUCCAGAAACAUAUCACUCAGGACCACUCUGACAUGUAUUUACCCUUUGCCCUACCAAUCAAAUAGCUUCUGUUGGAGAAUCGGUUGUAGCAAUUGCAUAUUACCUGUACUUAGCAUACAAAAUGACCUAAAGUGGCAUGCAUUAUAAAUAGUAAGUUAUUAAAUGUUACAAACAUUGCCUGUAGUUCAAUGACAUGUCACCUAGCAUGCUGGCUUUAUAAAAGGAAACCAUUGGAAAUAUGGAAGCACAUUAAAGUGGACCAUCUUUAUUCAGCAGUUCUCUGCAAAGUGCCUUCAGAAAGUAUUCACACUCCUUGACUUUUUCCUAAAUGUGUUGUGUUACAGCCUGAAUUUAAAAUGGAUUAAAUUGAGAUGUUAUGAAACUGGCCUACACCCAAUACCCCAGAAUGUCAAAGUGGCAUUAUGUUUUUUAAAUUUAAAUUUAUACAAAUGAAUACAUUUUUAAAAGUGAAAUGAGUCAAUAAGUACUUCAAAUCCUUUGUUAUGGCAAGCCUAAAUAAGUUCAGGAGUAAACAUUUGCUUACCAAGUCACAUAAUAAGUAGCAUGGACUCACUCUGUGUUCAACAAUAGUGGUUUUGGAUCACUACCUCAUCUUUGUACCCCACACAUACAAUUAUCUGGAAGGUCCCUCAGUCGAGCAGUGAAUUUCAAACACAGAUUCAACCCCAAAAAAACAGGGAGGUUUUUGAAUGCCUCGCAUUUUAAAAAAGCAGACAUUGAAUAUUCCUUUUGAGUAUGGUGAAGUUAUUAAUUACACUGGUGUAUCAAUACACCCGGUUGCUACAAAGAAACACACGUCAUUCCUAACUCAGUUGCCGGAGAGGAAGGAAACUGCUCAGGGAUUUCACCAUGGGGUCAAUUGUGACUUUAAAACAAUUAGAGAGUUUAAUGGCUGUGAUAGGAGAAAACUGAGGAUGGAUGAAUAACAUUCUAGUUACUCAACAAAACUAACCUAAUUGACAAAGAGAAAGGAAGUAAGCUUGUACAGAAUAAAAAAAUAUCCAAAAUAUUCAUUCUGUUUGCGACAAGUUCUAAAGUAAUACUGUAAAACAUGUGGCAAAGCAAUUAGGUAAAUGUGAUAUUUCUGUAUUUCAUCUUCAAUAAAUGUUCAAAUAUUAAAACAUGCUUUCACUUUGUUAUUAUGGUGUAUUGUGUGUAGAUGGGUGAGUAUUAUUUUUAAUUCCUUUUUAAUUUAGGCUGUAACACAACAAAAUGUGGACUAAGUCAAGGGGAAUGAAUACUUUCUGAAGGCACUUUCUAAACCACAUAAAUUUCCCUUUAAGUAAUUAAAACAACUGUGUUUUCAUCCAACUACAUUGUGUGAAAUUUGACCCACUAAUCUUUGUGCAAAACAAUAAGUUGUUGCAAUUAAUAACCCUGCAUAUUUUAAAUAGGAUGUCUAGAAAGUUGGGACUGAGAAGGCAUGGAAAAACACAUGCAGAGAGUUUUGAGGGCAAACAUGAUUUAUAUAGGUGGUGCAAUAAACAUAGGCAUAUACAGGUUUGUAGCAACUGAUAAUGUAAUAACUGCCAAUAAUGUAAUAGAUGUUGCAUUCAUUAUGUAAUAAAUUGUCAACCUAAUAACGUUAUAUAUCUAAAAAGCUAUUAUUACAUUAUGCAUUGAUGAAUACAUUAUGGAGUGGGUAAAAGCUUUUUCAUUAAUAGUGUAAUAACUUUAACCAAUAAUGUAAUAACAACUUUAAAAAUAAAUACUAAAUCUAUAUUCACUCUUUUUCACGCAUAUCAAGUGUCAUGUAAUAGCUGACUACACACCAAACCACAUUCCUGAGUCGUUAUUUGAUAUUACUAAGGGAAUGUAACCAGUGGGCUAAUGUUGGAGAGCUCAUAUUCAUGUUUCUCAACAGACAUAAACGGGCAGAUCAUGGUAUUUAAAUCCUGACACACUUAGAUAUUGCAGAUAAUACAGUCCCAAAAUGUUGUCAUAUCUACCAGAACAUGUAAAAUGAAGCUGUGAGAGUAACUUUGUAUUAAAACAUUUCUUGUACUGGUUGACCUGAAAAAGUAAAUGUGUAACACUUCCAUAUGUGGCUCAUAAGGGGACUGUAAAGGUAAAUACAUUAAAGUAGUGGAAAAAAACACAGA